AUGAAGAGAUCAAUGAAAUCCGGUCAUCAAAAGCGAACCGAAAGCAAGAGAAAGGCGCUACAACAGUCAGCAAAUGCUCCAGGGCAACGAUCUUUGUUUGAUAUGUUCAGAUCAACAACAACAAAUAGCAGUACUACAACUAAUACCGAAAGGGAAUGCAUCGGUACAGCUGAGGAAAGAUCAAAUGAAAUCAUUGAUUUUUCAGGUGAGAAAUCACAACAUGUUGAACUUCCUGAUCCUGUACCUGUUAUGGUCGUUGUUGAAAGCGAUAUUGAAGCAAAGGAUACUACGAACACUUGUGGAAAUAUUGCAACUGUAUCAACGUCAAAGUCUGAUUCUAAAAAUUCCAACGACUGGUAUAGGGGGAUGAAGCUAGAUGUCGAUUGGUUGUUAGAUGCUGCGAAGUGCCUAGUGUUGAAGAAAUAA